AUGGUUAAAGGAAAGGGUUGUUUUGUCAAUUGGGCACCUCAACAGGAUGUGUUGGCUCACCCUGCUGUGGGAGGGUUCUGGACCCACAACGGUUGGAACUCAACGCUGGAGAGUAUAUGUGAAGGGGUACCAAUGCUAUGUUCGCCUAAUUUUGGAGACCAGAUGACUAACGCGAGGAUCGUGAGCCAUGUUUGGAAGGUGGGAUUGCAGCUUGAGAAUAAGUUGGAGAGAGGGGAGAUUGAGAGAAACAUAAGAAGACUAAUGGUUGAGAAAGAAGGAGAGGAGAUGAGAGAGAGGGUUGCUUCUUUGAAGGAGAAGGCAGAAGCCUGUGUCAAGAAAGGAGGUUCUUCCUAUGAGUCUCUAGAGGAUUUGAUAGCUCGGAUCUUGUCAUUUUGA